AUGCCAAUCAACCGUACACCGCCGCCUUCUUCGUCCGUGCCUAUGAGCUCUGAUGAUACUUCUCAGACGCGCGCAAUCGACGCGAUGGAUCGGACCACAAAACUUCACUGUGUAACUGCGCCUGAUAUUCCAUCGCUUACGUUAAAUCCUAAGAUUAUGUCUUAUAUGAGUGAAAUGUUUUCAGUUUAUACGAAUAAACAAGUAAAGCCUUUUAAAGAUUUACAAACUAUAGUUUCUAGUAUAAAAGAGCAGAUUAAUAAAUUAAAAAAGUGCGUUGAUAAUACGUCAUGCAAGUAUGAUGAGUUUUGGAUAGACACGGUUCAAGAAACAUAG